CGACGUCGUUGAUUGGCGGAGACGAUCGGACGACGCCAACGCUCGCGAUUCACCCCUUCCCCCUUCCCACUCGCCAAGCAUCAGUUCUCUCGCGCUCCCGCGUAUUCGCGUCGCGUUAUCCUUCGUCCCGACGAAAGGAUCGUCGUAUUAUCGAGAACGAGGUAAACGAUUAUCUUAAAGUUUUUCUACUAUCUACUGUGACGAAAUAUACACGUAUGUGUAUCGCGACGCCGGUCACUGGCGGAGAUAAUCGAACGAAACCGAACGCUCGCGACUCGCCCUCUCCCCGCGAGGCGUCAGUUCUCCGCGUCGCCCGCGUCGCGUUUACCGUAAUUCGGGGAAAAAGUAAUCUGAUCUAUCAUCGCGUGUCGUACGGAUUUAGAAUUUUAGAGUGAUGCAGUGCUGUGCGAAAGUGAAUAUUAUAGUGCAUCAUCGAGAGAGAAUCGUUUAUCGCCUCGAUCGUUGACGAGAAAGAGACAGAGAGGGAGAGAGAGAGAGAGGGAGAGGGAGAGAGAGAGACAGACGAUCGCCAUAUUCCCGAAAGCAAGGACUUACACUCGCGGUUAUUACAAAGUCGAUGCACGUGCAAGGUGAGAAGAUGGAAUUAUUACGUGCCACGUAUCUACGGGCUCGAGAUCCCUCGCUUCGAGCGUCUUACAACGGGAUGAUGGACAGCGUCGAAAGAAGAUGUUCGUCAUUUCCGCGAACGAUGCGCCGAUAGCUACUGGCGAUCCGCUCGUUUAACAGCGUAACGGCGAACAGCGACGGGAGUCGGAGGCAGAGCGCGAGCUAAGAAAAAAGAGAGGAGAGCAGGGGUGGAAGCAAAAGGAAGAGGAUGAAGGAGGAGGGGAGGAUCGAGAAGGGGAUGCGUAGGAAUGUAACGCGACGAAAAUACGUCUGGCUUCUAGGGAGGGUGCUCUGCAACAGAGAGAAGAGAGAGCUCCUGGUGACAACCGCCGAAAGGAGGGAAACAGUUACGCGACCUAUGGAGAGCUCAGCGGGAUGCAUCGCGCGAGUUAUAAUGAUGGCGAUGGGGAAGCCGCGGACGUGGCGUGCAUCGAGCAAGAAGCGCGCAAGCAUCGCCGGCUCGCCCGGAAACGGAUUCGGCAGAUUACCAGAGCCGCUUCAGACAGUUACCGGCGAAUAUUGUCCCGGCAACUACUCAGUGUCUCACACCACGAGCAAUGAAAAACUGCACACCGGAAGCGAAUUAUACAUGCCACAAGGCUACAGGCAGGAAACUUGGUUGCAAGAUGGUAGCAGCUCUGAAACCGAAGACAGCGAACAGUACGUACCCGAGUUUCACCAGAUGUCAACCACGUCGCAUCAAUACUCGACAUCUGGUAAUUCGUCUCCCGGAAACGGAUUCGGCAGAUUACCAGAGCCGCUUCAGACAGUUACCGGCGAAUAUUGUCCCGGCAAUUACUCAGUGUCUCACACCACGAGCAAUGAAAAACUGCACACCGGAAGCGAAUUAUACAUGCCACAAGGCUACAGGCAGGAAACUUGGUUGCAAGAUGGUAGCAGCUCUGAAACCGAAGACAGCGAACAGUACGUACCCGAGUUUCACCAGAUGUCAAGUGCAAAUGUGAAGCAGGAGUCUAGCAAUGGCACGAGAAAUGGCGACAACGGCAAUUAUCAUCCCCAGUAUCAAUCUUCUGUCGCGCACAGUCAAAAUAACGAUUUUCUCGAGCUCAGAUCGGAUCGUUGUUUCGGGAAUCGAAAGAUAAAUGGACCGGCUGGUAAGAGCACGAAGGACGUCGCCGUGAAGGAAGAACCGGCGGAUCGAAGCUACGUGGAACCGCUUCCCGUGACAAACAUAUCAUCCGCGACGUCUCAGGACACGCAAAACGCGAGCACUUUAAUUUAUCAGCAACGUCAACAACAGUACGGGAACGUCACGAGGGAUCAUCCCAGAGGUUCGUCACCAUCGUCCAGUCGUCCAGCCAGCGCCUCUUCCUCGACUUCCCAGUGGCAAUCGACCUUCUCCGAAACUUUCCUGCCGCGACCAGAGAACUGGAAUUCCGAGGUUUACGCAAAACGAAGCGGCACGCCGACCUGGACAGAACUGGGUACACAGUUAGAUCCCAGAAACUCCUGGGAACGGCAAAAUGGUUGUUAUCAGAAAAAGGCUUCGCCAGUUUCAACCUGGAAUCCAGAUCACGUUAACAAGAGGCCGUCGUCGGCUACCGGUGUGCCCACCUGGAGCGAUGUUGCCGUCGGUUAUCAGCAACAACGACGUGGCUCACUGCAAUUGUGGCAGUUCCUCGUAGCCUUGCUCGACGAUCCUGCGAAUGCGCCUUGCAUCGCGUGGACCGGGCGCGGGAUGGAGUUUAAGCUGAUUGAGCCGGAAGAGGUGGCACGUAGGUGGGGCGUCCAGAAAAACAGACCGGCCAUGAAUUAUGACAAAUUGAGUCGUUCGUUGAGAUAUUACUACGAGAAAGGCAUAAUGCAAAAGGUCGCCGGCGAGCGAUACGUGUAUAAGUUUGUCUGCGAUCCGGAAGCGCUCUUCAAUAUGGCGUACGGGACCGGAGCGUCUUCGGGGAUUAGCGGAGAAGUUCCGAGUAAUAUGGUACGAAGUCACGCAACGGCCGGGAAAGGGGCGGGCGGGAACGAAGUUCCAGAUUUGAUGAAGCAUCCUGCCGCGGGAUAUAGCGACGCGGUUUUCGCCAUGUAUUCAAAUACCGCCGCAGUGUAUGGACCUUCUAGUCUUCAUCAUUUGCAUCAAUAUCUCGGCGGUAACGAGGGCUUCAAAACGCCACCGAGUAGAUAUCAUCCCCAUUAUCCUCAUCAAUACGGUAGCAAUCACCAUCAUCACCACCAUCAUCCCCCGAGCUAUACAGAGACUUUUCUGAACUACAGUCGGUUGUCGCACGAGCCGGCUUUCGAUUCGAAGACGCAGGAAGCCCCACCGAGGGACUCGUAUACCCAGGAAACGGAGGAGAGUACCGGCAGAGAUCGGGAGGGUGCAUCGAUACCCUAUGAAAGCGUGCAGAGAUCGCAAUUACCGGCCACAACCGCUUCCGCACAAUCCUCGAUACUGGACGGCGCGGCGAGCUCGAAAAUUGAGCAAGCGCCGUACACGUGUCUUGGUGUCGGAAGCUGCAUGAAAAUGGCAAAGACCAAACCCGCCGAGCAGGAGGAAAUAGCAGGAGGGAUGGGUUUCAAGGACAAACAGAAAGCGUUGGACACGCUGAAGAUUCUGGACGGCCGCGACAUCAGUUAUCAGUAUCACGUAAUCACAAGCUUCGUCAGUCGCACAAAAAGAACGUUGCAGAUAACGCGAGACGAAGAGAAACUAGCGAAUCUGCGAGACUCCCUGAAAAUCUUUGAGGAUUGGCUGACGGAUUACAAAGUGAAUAAUCGAGGAAAAGAGAAUCUUGCAUACUUGCCGAUCGAAACGAUUAAGGCCUUCCGCGGUCUCGCAAAGAAGUACGACGUGUGGAACGACGAGUUUUUCAGGGCGUACAAGACUGAGAAGGGUGACUACAAGAGCCUGCGGGCGGCGAAAGUGUCUGGCGGAGACAUCACGUGGGAUAUUGAGAGGAACAGGCGUUUGAGAGAGAUUAUCGGAAAGAUCAAGGACGAGCACAUUCAAUGGUAUGAGACGGACGUGGGAGAUCUUCGGGGUCUGCCAACGAAGGAGCACACGCGAUGCAUCGUACUCGCGUACAGUCCCGAUCCUGCAAAGUUGAAAAAAUUGGUGACUCAGGUACGCGAAAAAUUCGGCGAGGACAAUAAUGAUAUGGACAUCGAAGAAGAAGAGCGAGGCACUAAGAGAGCUCACGAUAGCUCGUCGAGCAGCGAUAGCGAGUCGGAGAAAAAGUUGGCGAAACGUUCAUCGGAAGCUGAGGAGAAUCAGCGGAACGAAAAAUCGGAGAGCGCGCUAAGUUUUAAGGACAAGGAGAAAGCUUUGCAGAGCAUCAAGUCUUUGGAGGGCAGAGACAUGUCGUAUCAGUUCUAUGCGAUAAGCGGCCUGGUAAAGCGAGCCGAGAGAGUGAUAUCGUGCACGAAGGACAAGCAGAAAAUCAAGAAUAUGACGGAAGCAGUGGAGGUCUUUGAGAACUGGAUCACCGAUUAUAAUGUAAACGGCCGGUCGAAGGAGAAUUUUAAUUAUCUGGCAAUUGACAUUGUGCGGGCCUUUAAACCUUUAGCCGAACGAUACGAUAUCGAAGACAACGGUUUCCUCGAAGUCUACGAAGAGGCGGACGGCGAUUAUAAGAAACUCAGAUCUGUCCGAGUUCCGCAAUCGGAUGUUACGUGGGAUGUGAAGAGGAACGAGCACCUACGAGAGUUGGUAGAUCGCAUAAAAAAGAACCACAUCCAAUGGUUCGAUACGGACGCUAAAUUUCGAGGUUUGCCCACCGCGGAGCAUACAAAAUGCAUUAUGUGGGGUUUCAGCCACGAAGUUGCGAAGCUGAAGAAGCUCUUGCCUAUAUUAAACGAGAAACUUGAAGCCGCUGACUAAUGUGGCUUAAUAAAUGUUGGAUUAUUGCCGAAUCGUCAUCGAUUCAACCGUCAUAUUUUUAUUGUUAUGUAACAAAAAAAAAAAAAGAGAUGUCUGCUGCAUUAUGCAGUAUUAUAUUUUAGCAUGUUAUUCAUAUGUUAUAUGCAAUUUGUGUCAAAUUUUUGCUAUAAUGAAUCUGUUAUUUUAGUACAUAGGGGAAAUAAACGAAUAUAGAGCAUGGCGCCUUUUAAGAGAUUCGAGAUAUUCGAUA